AUGUCAAAGUGGGGGGAAAAAAAAGCUAUCUUUAGGUACGAAGCCCCAUGGACUAUAUACUCCAUGAACUGGAGCGUGAGGGCUGACCAGCCUUUCCGCUUGGCACUGGGAAGUUUCAUAGAGGAGUAUGGGAACAAGGUACAACUGGUGAGUCUGGCUUCUGACUGGGUGGACGCCUGGGGGGAUUUCGUGUGCAGCUACACCUUGCAGCACCCCUACCCUGCCACCAAGAUCAUGUGGAUUCCUGACCCUCAAGGCAUCCACCCGGACCUGCUGGCCACCAGCGGUGACUACCUGCGGGUUUGGCGCUUCCCGAUCGGGGCUGCUACCCUUGACUUGGAGCCCCGGCUCGAGUGCCUACUCAACCACAACAAUACUCGCUUCUGCUCGCCCCUCACCUCUUUCGACUGGAAUAACAGCGACCCCUACAUACUGGCCACAUCAAGCAGCGACACCACGUGCACCAUCUGGGCCCUGGAGACCCGCCAGGUGCUGGGCCAAGUGUCGGGUCACAGGCAUAUGCAUCUUAGCUCGCACAACAAAGAGGUCUAUGACAUCGCCUUUGGAGAGGGCCGAGAUGUCUUUGCCUCAGUGGGUGCUGAUGGCUCCCUGCGGCUCUUUGACCUGCGCAGGCUUGACCGUAACACCAUAGUGUAUCAGGAACCCCAGCGCCGGCCACUACUGCGCCUUGCCUGGAACAAGCAGGAUUUCAACUACGUGGCCACCCUAGCCAUGGACUCCACUGAGGUGGCUGUCCUUGACCUGCGCAUGCCUCGUUCACCUGUGGCCCGCCUUAACCGCCAUGGUGCCUGCGUUAAUGGGCUCACCUGGGCACCCCACUCAGCAGGCCUCAUUUGCACUGCUUCCGAUGACUGCCAGGCCUUCAUCUGGGAUAUUCAGCAAACUUCUUGUGCUGUAGAAGACCCUAUCCUGACCUACACUGCCAAGGGGGAGAUCAACAACGUGCAGUGGUCUGCCAGCCAGCCAGACUGGAUUGCCAUCUGCUAUAAAAACUUCCUAGAACUUCUCCGAGUCUAA